AUGGAUGUUUUUAUGAAGGGUUUGUCUAAAGCAAAAGAGGGGAUGGCUGUGGCCGCAGAGAAGACCAAGGAGGGAGUUGCAGUUGCGGCUGAAAAGACUAAAGAAGGAGUCAUGUUUGUAGGUAAGAUGAUCACAGAUGUUUGUUAAAAUGCAAGUCAAACACAGGAUCAGUCAGAUUGCCAACAUUCCUGCUGUAUGCAAGCCCAUCGAAUUCAGCCCAUGCAAGACUACCAUAUGUCCUGGAAAAAUGAGUAAAUUGUACAAGAACAAGGUUUUUUGUUAGUUAAAACCCUAGUCCACCUAACAAGAGAGAAACCAGCAAGCUGCAUGUAUUGAUUGGUUUUUAACCUCCUGUUGACAACAAUAAUGCAGACAGGUUACAAUAAAAACACCUGAUGGUCCUUUCGUUAAAGUCUUUUUUUAAUAAACUAUAUAGCGUAUGUUAAAAACAGUGAUAUUUUACUGCCCACAUCAGCAGUACAGCUGAAAGACUCUUAUAGUAUAUUUAUUAAAACAGCAGUUACUUGGUAAAUCGAUCAGCUGAGAGUUGAUCAAUAUCUCUAAUCUAUUUAUGCAGACCAAUGCCGUAUUUAAUUAUUAAAAAAAAUCCUAUUAGCUAUACGACUAGACAUUUCUAAAACAUAUUCUCGAUAAUAGCAAACAGACAAAUGAAACAGUGAGGUAAGGAAUUGUUUUCAUGCAGAGGAUGUGAUAAGAGGCUCUGCAUGUCCUUCUGCCCUCUCGCCUGACUUGACUGGGCUACAGGCAGGGGAUGGAGCAGGGUGGGGGUGGGGCAGCAGGAUGGUGGGUGCAGCUCCUGCCACAUGUCCAUGCUUUGGAUGGCGGCAGAUUGUAAAACAGUCUCAUCCUGCAGUCAUCUCCUGGAGACAAAAAGGCUAAAGGCCUGGGGUUUUGUCCUUUACAGAGCAGCUUAGUUUGAAAUGGACACUGUUACGGAUAUCUGCUCAGAUUAGAGCGUCUGUGUGAGGGUUUGAGAGUGAACUGCCACAAACGUGUUUUAAUUACUGGCCCAAAAUAUUUCCCUUGUUAUGUAUUAUUAUUAUUAUUUAGAUAAACAUGUAAAAUGGUGGCAGAAAAGUGUGUAAUUAAGGUUAACAAACAUCUGAUUGAAACAUAACAGAGACAGCAUCAAACUCUCUCAAGCUACUUCACACUCUCACAUCACAGCUUUAAUGCCCUUACUGUAAAGGAUAAGAGUCAGCCUUAUCGGUAAGGUACAUGUGUGAAUUGUAAUUAUCGGAUAUUGUCAUUAGCUAUAGAGGUCAGGAUGGCUGUCUUGAUUAAUCCAGUCAUUAUUUGGUAGAAAUAAAAUAAGAAAUGUUUGUUUUCUGCUUGUCACACACCUCAAAAGAUGCCGUUCAAUGAAGUUCAUGCUUUGUCACACCUACUGGGACCUUAUGUACAUAUACUGAUGACACACCCUGUUAUCUAUGCCACAAUUUUCUUUUUCAUUAGUGAGCUGUGCUUGCUAGCCUGUGGUUGGUCUGUUGGGGGGAUGGUCAGAUGACUCAGGGGACUCAGAGCAGGACAUGGGCUCUGAAACCUGCCAGCAGUCACAGAUAUUCUCUUGUAGGUUGUUGACAGUGGGCCCGAAUAUUCACUGACACCCCUGCUGGUGGAUCUGCGCUCACUGUUUGUACCACUGACCCGCUGAUGUUAUGUUUCUGCUACAUUGAAGAGACAGGGAGUGUUACAAGAGAAAUUGUCAGAUGUGUCUACAUUUAGACUGAAUCCAAUUACCAUACAUAUCUAACACGGUAUCCCUGUCACUCAUCAGCUGAGCCAAACAUGUCAAGCUACAGUCAAAACACGUGCGACUCAUUCACGCCCUCUCUACACUUUGUCUCGUCAUCGUUUUUCAGCCUGUGGUGCACAGAAAGGAGAAGUAGUAUUACAGUGACAUCUCUGUGCUCCUACGUGCUGCUUGUUGAGCAUGGUGUUGCCCUAGAAAGCGGUGUAUGAUUUGCUUGAAGGCCCUCAUGGAGGAGGGGUAAGAGUGAUCUGAUAGGUCUGUGGCCCACCUUUUGACAGCUGCUGCUGCUGCAGACCGCCCACCCAGCUGAGCAAUCAACCUGAAAGAGCCAAGAAAGGAGAUGAAAAUGAAAAAAAAAAAAAAAAAAAAACAUGUCCCUCUACAUGCUUUUUAUUGUCCCAAUUGGUCUCAUUCAUAGAACAUCUAUGAGCUUCAUUAUGACAGUAAAGGAUAUUUAUGCAGUACUACAUAAACAGCUCUACAGCAUCACUGUUUGCAGCCUCUAUCUGUAGUUUUACUCACACUGUACUGAAGCUGCAUCACAAAAUAUAAAAAUAUUAGGUAACUGUGUUGCUUGAAUUGAUAGAUGAAAAUAUUAAACUUAAGGGAAAACAUAUUUAAAACUGACUAGGUGUGCACUGAGUGUUUAAGUCCUCUAUGACAAGUAGACACCAUCAAAGUGGGAAAUUUGCAGCUGCGCAGGAAAAGAUUUAUACAUAACACAUGGAAUCUCUUAUUUGCUCCUGUUUUAUAUCCACUGGCUGGACAUUUUCUUUAAAUAUUGUAUUUUUUCAAAUUUUCGUAUUUACACACUCUCUGAGUUUGAAACUCACUUCACAACAGCCACUGUCCAAUCUACUAAUAAGGACAAAUUUUUGUUUAAUUUUUUCAUUUGAUGGUUUAGUAUUUAAAUGAAGCUUUAAAGCAACCAGCUUUAAAGCAGCAUAAUCUCCUUUAAUUAUUAAUAUUCCAAAUGUGUGCCCACAGAUACGAGCCAUUAACUUGAAUGUAGACAAGACAGAUUCACUUCACCAAAGCGGAAGCUGAAAUGGAUGCAUCUCUUAGAUGUACGUUUUGCUUUGAAGCUUUUCUUUUGUACUGGCAGAUCUGAACUUUAUUAUCGUUUCUCAUCUCUCUCAGUUCCCCUCUAAAAGGCCCCGAGGGACCAAUAAGGCUUAUGACUGCUGCACCUUAGAGAGGGUGACCAGGCUGAGUGAUCAGGUCCAGUGAGCACACUGUAGAUUCACCAAAUAGCUGGGUGCAGUUAAAUGGAGACGGAUAAGAUCUGUCAAAAGUUAGGGAACUGAACAAAGCAGAAGUCCUGGUUUAAAGUUUCAUAACUCCUCCUUGAAAGAAAAAAAAAAUACAAAGAUAAUAGAGUACUGCAACCCCAGAGUCAAUAAGAGAACAAAGUAAAGAUAUAGCAAAACUUCAACUUUCAAAACGUAUUCUUUUAUACUGACGGUUAAGAGUUUAGUAUUGAUCAUGUCAGCAGUUAUAAACAGGAUACUCUUUCACUGUGAGACUUGAUAUUGAUUUUCAGGUGUACUGUAGGAUCAUUGUAAUAUAAAUUGUGUUGGCAGGGAAGGGCUAUAUGACCUUUAAGAGAAGGUCAAGGAGCCAGUCACACAGAAAUGUUAAAUUUGAAGAAAUCAGUUUCACUCUCAAUGGAUGAAGUCAGAGGUUAAAAGUUUGUUUGCGUGCAGACAUCAAUCUUGAAAUGUCAAAUAAUACCACUGAAGACUGUGAUUCACCAAGAAAACCACAUGUCUGAUAACUAUCUUUGUUUGUUUUAAUACAGGUAGCAAGGCCAAAGACAGCGUGGGCUCAGGUGAGUUUUGUCUUCAACAUCAUUAAUGUGGCAGUCAGAGGCGAUUAUCAUCAAAGUGACAAAACAGUUAUUCUGACUGGAAAUGAUUUGUUUGUUGUGGUGCUUAAAAGGGAGAGAAAAGGAAGAGAGAAGCUUUUAUUAUGUAAGAUCAUUAAAUGAGAAACAAAAGAGGGCUUACAUGAUUGACAUGCUUUUAAUUCAUCUGCUGAAUUUGUUGGGAUCAUGUUUCAUGUGUAUGUGCACAAUGUCUCUGUGUGUCUGUAGUGGCUGAGAAGACCACUGGUGCCAUGGGGAACAUCGCUGCUGCCACUGGCCUGGUGAAGAAGGACGAGUUCCCUGCUGACAUGAAUGUAUGUACACUCGGAAAAACAUCAUUGGAUCUCAGCUUAAAAGCUGGAAAUGUUUCUGCAGUAUGUCCUCAUGAACUUACAGAUAAUCACUUUGCUACAUCAAGUUGAUUUUUUUAGAGGUGAUUAACAUAUUUUAGAGAGACAAAAAGCUGUUUCUUCUUUGUAUAAAUCUUGGUGUCCAACCAGUUUAUAUUAGUGCAUUGUUUGACUGUGGUUGUGCAGUCUGUAGAAAGUAUUUUCUGAGGUUCUGGAGCCCAAAAACAGUUUGUUGAAACCCUUCACCUUUCAAAAACUAAAGGUAUUGAAUUACUUUUCUUUUAGCAUUCACCUCCUACUCAGCAAAUUUUACAUAUGCCAUAACAAAAUCUGCUUUUCAGUAUUGUGAAAAAAAUGCCCUAACCAUACUCUACCUUAUUUAAAUAGCUCAAUGUUUUUUUUGACAAGCUAAUCAAUAAGUCCUGUGUUUAUUUUAUGAGAUAUGUCAUAUAUUUUCAGAUUCAGUUAGAUUGGGUCACUCACACUACAUUUAAAAGCAACCAGAGCCCUCCCCCUAUGUUACAAUAUGUGGAGACAGUUCGAGUGAAGAAGACUCUAGAUAAAAUUUAGAGGAAUUUCAAUGACUGGUUUCAUUUUUCUGUGAGCAGAGUCUCUCCAGGAGUUUGAACUUUGAACUCCUGGAACCAAAAUAAACACAGAAAAAGACCAAACCUAAAUAAACAGCUGCUGUUACAACCUGAUAUUUAGCUAUAGCAUAACUCUAACUUGCAACUUAAUUUCUCUUGAUGAUACCGAAUAGCAUUCAUUUUUUACCCUUAAUUCCUUAUCCAUUUGAGAUAUUGGAAAUAGUGUUGAGUCAGAUCAGUUAAAAGAACUAUCAUUGUUAUUAUUUUAGAUGUUUUAGAACCACUAAAAUUAUGUUGUUAUUGUAUUCACAGGCUGAGUAGUACUCAUUGUGACAAGCCAAUUAAGAGUCAAGUCAGAACAACGAAGAUUCUCGUAAAGUGCAACAGCUUACUGCCAUUCAUGACUGAGUCUUUUGUGUUUGCCUGCGCACAUUGAAACAGAGACAGGCCCGACCCAGCUCGUCUUCAACUUAAGGAUAUGUUCAUGACCAUUUGGUCAGGAUUGGGUUUCAGGGAAGCCAGAUAUUUUUCUCAACAUUACACUUCAAAAUUCAUGAGCUGUGAUUGACAGCUUCCCAAUUGCAAAAUUGCACUCUGUCUAAAUUCAGGAGCUUUAACCAACUCGCUUCAAAACACAACAUUUCCAUUAUUGCACUCUAAAUAACUGAAGCUCUGUUUGACAACACUGUGAUCUUAAAAAUAGGAGAAGAAGUUAAACAUAUUUGUAAUUUUAACAAUCAUAGAGCCAAGCUUUGAAAUGCGACCAACAAUUUUUCUCUUCCUGGCUAUCUUUUAGAAAGCCUGGCAGUUAAGUGCUCUUCAGACAUAAAGUGAAACAGGGAGGUCUUUGCCCUGCCCUAAGACUUCCUCCGUCUGAGCUGGACCCUCUCCACUGUGUGGAUAAUCCUGUAAAUCUGACAGACUGCUCUAAUAGGCUUCCUUAUGACUAUGUCUGGGUGGUAAAACAGCUCAUUUUAACACCCUGACGGCAGACGGUUAAACUGCUGGCUUUUUUUUAACAUCUGCAGCUCCGCCUUAUGUUGAAUUCUAGCUGUCCUGUGAAAACAAAAAAGAUAGUCACCAUACUGUUCUUUAAAACUGCAUUUGUAAGUACUUUUAAUUCAAUAAGAUAUUUUCUUAUAAGUGUGUCUUAAAAACUCACAGGUCGUCUCUAUUGUUCUCAUGACUCUCAGAUGUGGAAAGUGCGAGCCAUCAGGCAUUAACCUAUCUUUAUUUUUCUCCUCAGUUGUAAUCACAUAAAAUGCCAUUUUUCUACAGUGAUGAUCUGUCUGAUUUGGUGCAACUCAACAGUGGUUUUCCAUUGUGCUGCUUUCAAGGCCAUGCUAAUCAUGUUGCCAGGCUUAUAGCUAUAACAGCAGCUUGUAAUAGUACAUAGGAUUAUAGUCUGUACUUCACUGACCUAAUUGACUUGAUUAGUGCUGGGUUUAAAAAUAAAUGUGUGCUGACCCACUAGCUUAAUUUUCAGAGCCUGUAGAGCAGGUGCAGUAAUGAUGGAGUGCUGUCAGAAGGAGAUAAAGUCGUUUUAAGCUACUGUAGACAAGGCUGACUGUGUCAAGAUAACAAGUGAUUUUAUAUUUUUCACUUUAACCAUAUAUGUUAAAAGACAUGGCUAGUUUGGUCUUGUUUGCAGUCAAUGACACAAACAAAAGACCAGAAGUACAACUGCUUAUUAACUCAGCUUACCUUUACUGUCCUCUGAUCCAAAGCCUUGUUUCCACCAUUGUUGAAAAAAGAACAAAAUCAAAUCAUUGAUUACAUUUUGUGUGUAUCUCUGGACCACUGUUAACAGAGGCCACUGAAGUUAGCUUUAUAUGAACCUACUGCUGUCAUAGCAACUUUGUCCAAUGCCAUAAAUGUAUCAGAGUUUGCAGCUGAAAAAAGAACCCAAUAUUGACUAAGUUUCACUUAUUUGAGCAAUGUUUAGGUAUAAAAAACUCAGCAUAAUGUAUAAAUUGAAAUACAAUAUACGGUGUACAGUGAAGAGCCAUGAUUUUUCAGUGGGCUAUAAUUUUGUUCCAAUUUUGUUCCUUGAAGAUGCAUCGUGGUAGUGAAGGCAUUACCAUGUUUUUAUAUGGCACCUUUGAUUUUAAGAAAUCCAGAUGGCUCAGUUGAUAUGCAAAAAGGAAUAUGUUGCAUUACUUCUAUUAAAAGCUUACUGUCUUCUGAUUGGCCACCUUUCCGGAGGCUGGCUGAGGGCAGAGCUCAGAGUUUUGGGCCCGCUCCCUCUAUUGUGGUCAUGUUAAGCAAUUAAGUAGUCUGGCAGAGCAGCUUUACCCCGCUCAGCUGUGGGUAUCAUUGUAAUGAUCUCAUGAGUUCUACAGAGUCUCUGUGAGAUACCAUGUGAUCUGAUCUCCCAAUGAACCGUUUUGAACAGUUUACAUCCAUUUUCUAGGAUUAUUACAACAACAUACCUUUACCUCGCAGUUUGAAAAUUUGCAUACCUUAUGUAUGGACACCAAAGAUUGAGACUUUAAAUUUUCUUGAGUUUUCAAUAAUCCAAACCAUGAACACUGUGAAUAUUACAAUCAUGCUCCUCCUUUUGUGAGAAACUGCUGUUUUUGUUUCAGUCGAUACUUACAAAGUGUCCAUGUUAACAUGAGCAAUGUGAAGAUUCUUUUGGAGGUUUAUCAUUUUUAUUGUCUUUUUUUUUAGCACCUUAGCAUGUAUAAACAGAUAGCCAAUAUAAUCUCCUAAGUAUUAUGAUGAAACAAUGUUUAGUAUCAUAUAUAGAAGUAUCAUUUCGACUGGUGUGUUAUCCACACAAAAAUAAUCACAAGAGAUGAGAGAUGUUGCCUCCAGCCUCAAAAAAGUCAAGCCUUCACAUGUAACACCCUUGUCGCUUAAAUGGUCCUUGGUUCCAUGUCUCAAAUGUAAUCAUUAUGUGUGAGAGGUUCAAACCAAAGCUCUAAUUGAUAUUCAGAUAAAUAAAACUAUCUAUCAGCCUUGUCUUUCAAGGUAAAGCAACAGCAAUUUGCUACAGUAAAUCAGUCAUCCCUAAAGUGUGUGGCACUGCUCAAGGCACAUGUAGCCAGAAAGAACAUGCAGUGCAGAACCAUUGUCCUGACCUAAAGAAACCUUUUUCACAGUGAACAAUACACGAACUGGACGUGCACACAAGCAACGCUGUUCAUUCAAACAUGGAGAAAUAUCAGACAAAAAGAAAGCUGAAUUUCCAGAUUUAAACAAGACUGGCGACAGUGAUCAAUUAAGAAACCAAGUCAAGGAACAGUGGUGAAGACUUUCUCUGUGGUUCAAAAAAGGACUGUAUGCUAAGUUGCUAAACCUGUGCAAACCAUUCAAAAAGACAUAUUGCCACUGACAAAGAACGGGCAGAAAAUAAAACCCGUGUUGUUUUAAGUCAAAUAAAGAAAGCUGACAUAAAGCGUAAAAUCAUUUAACAACUUCACAAUAAAAUGGUAAGAACUACCUCUUCAUCCAGCUUAUCCGGCCUAGUCAGGAUGAGAGUGCACAGUACAGCUCUGUGCAGCACAACAGGGACGUGCUUAUGGAUCAUCUGAGUUAUGAUAAUAUACAAAACUGGAGCAAACUGCACAGAGCUGCAGAACUUUAUGGGCAUCUGUCAUAUCUUCAUAUGUUUUGUAAAUUAGACCUUGAAACAGCAGAUCGCAGAGUCGAAUGAUGAUAGCACCAAGAUUUGUGCAAUCCAUUCUCAGUGCAUACAGAUUUGCCAUGUGCCAGAAACCCCACACCUCUUCACUAAAAGUGCAAAUUAUAUUAAGGUUUUGUGUUUUUUUGAAAAGUAAUAGAUGUAACAAUCUGACGCUGUGGCUAACAGUAGUUGUACAGAUCUGUAUCGUUCAUGACAGACAUAGUUUGUGAACUGCUGUAGAUCAUGUUUCUGUUAAUCACCUUCACCUUCUCUCUGUCUCUGCAGCCUGAGGAGUACGGGCAGGAGGCCAUGGAAGGCCAGGGAGAGGGGAUGCUGGAGCCAGAAGGGGAGACAUACGAUGAGAACCAGGUGGGUAAUCAGCUUACCCCACAUACAUUCAUACAUGCAAACACACACACGCACACAGACAAACACAAACACACACAAUCAGAUCCCUUACAAGUCUCUGCUGGACAAUAAAACAUCCUUUAUCUCUGCGGUUCAAUUGCACCACAUGAUUUGACUGUGAAUAGCUUUCUGUGUGUUUUAUGAUAAGCCUGUAAAACCAGAGAAGCCAAGAACCUCAGUCGGAGAAGAGUCCAUUCACUUACAGUGGAUGGAGGCUUAUUAGUAUUCAGCAGCUCUGCAUGCUUACACAUUUUAGCUGUAUUGCAUUUCAAUAGCCCUCCACACUUGCCCUCCACUCUAUGUCCCACACAAACACUCAAGCUCACACCGAGAUAAUUCUUCUUUUUCUCUACAAAUGAAAACAAAGGGCUCAACAAGCCAAUUGCCACAUGGAGCACAGUGAAUUUAGCACCACCUACCUACAGUGAGCACUGGGUGUGUGUCAGUGUGUGUGUGUGUGUGUAGAGGAAAGAUGCGAGUCUGACACAGAUGGUUAUUUUUGGAUUUUGGCUGUGAGGGGCGAGACACUGUGUGCAGCAGCCAUUGCAUUGGAAACCGAUUUUAAAUCGCUAUGAGGAAAUAAAAUGAUACAUGAUGAACAUGAUACAAAAGAGUCAUAUAGCGUAUAAUAAUUUGAAGCACAGCACCUGGUAUGUGUAGUAAGAAAGCGUUUGAUAUCCCCAUACAUCGUAGAAUAUUCAGAAAAAGCUUUAGUGGGAGGAAGGUUUAGUGUGAGAUUUAGCGUUAACUCUAAUAAUGAUCCAUUAAUUCAGUGCAUUUGGCCGGAUUUUCUUUCCAUUCCCACUUUAUCAGUGGAUUAUUGCAUUAAUCUGUUAAAGGAAUAAAACUGAGGUUUUUCCCUGCGAUGCAAAUGAGAAGUGAAUUUCUCAGAGGCAGCAGCUUGUAUCAUCCAUGUCCUCCUCCAUCUCUCUCCUACUCCUCCGCAUCUCUCUCCCCUCCCCCAUCCAUUGCUACACCAGCAAUGUGCGAGAUCUGCCUGAAUGGGUGUGGUGAUGACGCUCUCUGCCUCUGUGCAUUGUGGGUAAUGUCAGGGUCUCCCUGCAUUGCUGUAAAUAUGGAGUCUGAGUGCUGCAGAGUGCACAGAGCCUUCUUAAUGAGGAUUUGGAGAUAAAAAUCUAUCUCAUGCAGUAUCGCUGUUUGUUUUUUUCACAUGUCAGAUGACCUGAGACUGUUGCAUUUUCCUGGAGGCUGUGUUGUGUUUUUUUUUUUUUUUUUUGGUUCUGUGUGUGGUGGAGGAGGCGUGUGCAGGGUUACAAGGAAGCUGGGAGUGUGCUCACGACACGUCCUUGAGGCUGCCGUAGGCUUGUGCUGCCCUCUGCAGGCCAGAGAGAGACAAUGAGCCACGAACAGCCAUGAUGGAGUGACAUCAUUGGCUUUAGCAGAGCCAUCAUAUCUACCAUGCACUUAGCCUGAAAACCAGUUGAGCAGUAUCGUAUGGGAGCCACAUUUUAUUAGAGUAUGAAUGUGGAACUUCUUUGUGCUGCACGUGUGACUUGCUUGUUUCUUACAGUGGUUUCUCUUUCCCCAGGAGAGCCAGGACUAUGAGCCAGAGGCGUAA